AUGGCUUCUUCCUCAGCUUCUAUGGUCAACGAACUCUCUCAGCCAGGGCCUCAAGUGUUCAUCAAUUUCCGAGGAGACGAACUGCGCAACAACUUCAUCUGCCAUUUGGAGGUGGCCUUGAAGAAUGAGAAGAUCAACUACUAUAUUGACACAAAGGCGGCACGUAGCGAAGAUUUGGAUAUCUUUUUCACGGAGAUCGAGAAGUCGAAAAUCGCACUUGCCGUCUUCUCAAAACGGUACUCAGAGUCAAAUUGGUGUUUGGACGAGCUUGUGAAGAUUAUGGAGAGGGUGGAUGAAAAGAAACUCAGAGUCAUACCCAUCUUCUUUAAUGUGACGGUGGGUGAUGUGGAACAACAGACGGGAGAGUUUGGUGACAACUUACACGGAGGAGUUCGCCGUGACAAAGAUAAUAUGCACAAGUGGGAGAAAGCUUUGCGGUCUGUUCCCUCAAAGAUUGGUUUGGUUUUGUCGAAUUACAGGUACGAGAGUGAUUUCAUCGCCGCGAUCGUUGAGAGUGUAAAGGAAGUUAUAGCUUUGAUCGAAGGAGGAGGAAAAGGAACAAACAUGCUCUCUACAAAUAUCUCCUCUCUUAGUUCUAGUGGAAAUGCUUCCUCUAGAGAUACUAAACAGCCUAAAGCACCUCUCCAACGCUAUGGAAUGCAACAAUGCCUUAAGCAAUUGAAAGAAAAGUUAGAUUUCGAUAGCGAAGAAACUCAAAUCGUUGGCAUUGUUGGAAUGCCUGGCAUAGGUAAAACAACUCUUGCGGAAAUGCAUCUUCAAACUUGGAACCAUAGGUUCGUGGUUAAUGAGAUUUUCAAGGGAUUCCGCGAAAAGUCAAGAGACCAUGAUUGGGUGAAGAAUCAUCUUUUGAAUGCUCAACUCAACAGGCCAGACAAUGAAAUGGUCAAGGUUUUCAUUGUUCUAGAUGACGUGAGUGACAAGAAUCAGCUAGAGUUUCUACGGACAAACUCUGAACUUGUUAUUAAAAAAGGAAGCAAGAUUGUGAUAACAACGCGUGACAAGGGAUUGAUCGAAGGACUAGUUGACGAAACUUAUGUGGUCCCUGGAUUGAACGACAAAGAUGCUUUAGAGCUCUUUAACCAUCAUGCCUUCAGCGAUCAAGAGUAUACUCCCACAAAGAAUUUUGAUGAGAUGUCCAAAAGGUUUGUGCAUUAUGCUGGAGGCAAUCCACGAGCUCUCGAGGAACUAGGGAAGGAGCUUUUCGAGAAAAAUGAAGAUCAAUGGAAAAAAAGACUAGAAACUCUGCCACAUUUUUGCAAUGAGAAUAUCAGAAGAGGACUAAGAAGCAGCUACGACGAACUAACAGAGCAACAGAAACAUGCAUUUCUCGACAUUGCGUGUUUCUUCAGAUCAGAGGAAGAGGAUUAUGUAAGAGUUUUACUUGACUCGUAUGACACAAAGUCAGGUGAAGCUGCGAGAGAAGUUAUAGAACUCGCCGACAAGUUCUUGAUAAGUAUCUCUGCAGGGAGAAUAGAGAUGAAUAAUCUCGUGUGUACAAUGGGAAAGGAAAUUGGUUCAUCAUCAGUAGAAAACAAUUUUGGGAAAACUAGACUAUGGAAUCAUCAAGAUGCUCGUAAUGCGCUUAUCCUCAAAGAGGGAACGGUUAGUGCAAGGGGCAUUUUCCUAGACAUGUCCAAAAUAGGCAAAGGAAUAGCUUUAGAACGUAAAGCCUUCAUCAAGAUGCCGAAUCUGCGAUACCUCAAAAUCUUUGACUCUCGUUGUCCUAGGCAAUGUGAAGCUAUUGACAGCUGCAAAGUAAACUUGCCUGAUGGACUAGACUUAACGUUGAAAGAGAUUCGAUAUCUGCACUGGCUGAAAUUUCCAUUGGAAGAACUUCCACCAGACUUCAACGCGGAGAAACUGAUUGACCUUAGGCUACCUUACAGCAAGAUUCAACGUGUUUGGAGAGGGACUAAGGAAACACCAAAGUUGAAGUGGGUGGAUCUAAGUCAUUCGACAAAGUUGAUUGAUCUAUCAGCUUUGUCAAAUGCUGAAUCUCUUCGACGGUUAAGUCUUGAAGGUUGCACUAAGCUUGCUAAAUUGCCAGAAGAUUUGGAGAAAAUGAAGAAUCUUGCUUUCUUGAAUCUCAGAGGAUGCACAAGUCUCUUGUCUUUUCCAGAGAUGAAGAAUUAUUUAAUCUCUCUCAAGACUCUUAUCCUAAGUGACUGCUCAAACUUCAAUGAAUUUCAGGUGAUUUCUGAAAAUCUUGAAUAUCUACAUCUAGAUGGUACUGCGAUCAAAGGACUUCCUUUGUCCAUCCAAAACCUCGGAAGACUUAUUGUCUUGAAUCUCAAAAACUGCAAAAAGCUUGAGUCUCUUCCUGAUUGUCUUGACAAGCUUAAAGCUCUUGAAGAACUCAUACUCUCUGGUUGCUCAAAGCUUAAGAGUUUUCCGGAUGUUAAAGAAAUUAUGGAGAAUCUGCAGAUUUUACUACUCGAUGGAACGCCGAUCAAAGAGCUUCCAAGUGGAUUAUUACAUUGUGCUUUCCAACAGAAACAACCUCGGAUGAUGAAUGGACUAUCCUUGUUGCGGCGUCUAUGCUUAAGCAGAAAUGAUACAAUCAUCACCUUGCAAUCUAGCAUUAGUCAACUCUAUCAUUUGAAAUGGCUUGACUUGAAGUAUUGCAAGAAUCUCACAUCUCUUUCUACACUUCCACCGAAUCUGCAAUGUUUGGAUGCUCAUGCUUGCAUCUCACUAAAGACAGUAGCAAGGCCACUAGCCAUUCCCUUACCGUUAAAAGAGCACGCCCCUUCGUCAUUUAUUUUCACCAACUGUGAGAACUUGGAGCACGUCGCAAAGAAUGAAAUCAUACACUAUGCUCACAAUAAGAGUCGUCUGAUUUCGGAUGCAUUGAAUCGCCAAAAUAAGGGUCUUGCUUUUGAAGCUUUGGUUGCCACUUGCUUUCCCGGAAGUGAAGUUCCGGAAUGGUUCAAUCACAGAGCUUCUGGAGCAGUCUUAGAGCCAGAGCUGCCACGACAUUGGAGUGAAAGUGGUUUUGUUGGAAUAGCUCUAUGUGCUAUUGUCUCAUUUCAAAACUACAAAAUCCAAAACAACAACCUCAUGGUGAAAUGCAUAUGUGAAUUCAACAGUGUUGUUGGAGCGCCCUCUACUAGCUUCUUCAACUGCAAUGUUGGAGGUUUAUCCGAGGCAAGCGAUGAGCAACGCACGAUUAAAUCCACGCAUGUUUUCAUUGGCUUCACCAGUUGGUUGAAUAUCAAUAAAUGUCGAGAAGUCCGACUUAAGAAAGGGUGUAUUCCUACUACGGCUUCAAUUAAAUUUGAAGUUACAGAUGGUACUUAUGAGGCUACAGAUUGUGAGGUACUGAAGUGCGGUUUUAGUUUGGUUUGUGAAUCAGAUAACGGUUCAUGGGGUGGACAGGUUGACGCAAGUCCAAUGGUUUGUGAAGCUGAUGAGAUUGGUUCUUGGGAUGCAGACGUUGCUGCAAAUCCAGUGGUAGAUGAAGUCAGACAAGGUGAGAGUAGAUUUUUGGGUCUCUUGAGAAGAAGAGGAUGGUUUUUUACUUUAUGA